CCGUUCUUCCGGUGAGAACACUGUUUUCUGUUAUGCAGUCAACUGUGCUGUUGGCAUACCUUUCUGUCUCGGUGGUUUAUUUAGACGUAGGGAGGCGAAUUGCGCUUAUUUCCGGCUGGUUUAAAGUGGAGUGAGCGGAGACGCAUAUCAGUGGGGAAACGGACAGCGACAGAACACCGGCUCAGAUGACAGUGUUGUCUCUGCAUUCUGAACGUCAUGCUUCCCCGGGCGGGUAAAGACUUUCUCGUCCGCAUUCAGUUCUCCUGGAGGCCUCUGUUCCAGGGCCGGUACCUGCUGCUUACCAACACCUUGAGUGGAGGGAUCAUGCUGGCGGUGGGAGACAUCCUGCAGCAGACCCGGGAGAACCGCAGGGAGCCAGGCCGAGUCCGAGACUGGAGGAGGACAGGCAGAAUGUUUGUGGCUGGCUGCUCCAUGGGUCCACUGCUGCACUACUGGUACCUCUGGCUGGACAGAGUUUAUGUGGGCAGGGCCCUGAAGACGUUGAGCAAGAAGGUUCUGGUGGAUCAGCUGGUUGCCUCCCCGACGCUAGGAAUGUGGUAUUUUAUAGGCAUGGAUCUGUUGGAGGGACGCUCUUUAUCCGAAGGAUGGGCGGAGUUUAGAGGAAAGUUCUGGGAAUUUUAUAAGGUGGACUGGUGUGUUUGGCCCGCUGCUCAGACGAUCAACUUCUACUUUCUGUCACCCAAAUUUCGUGUUGUGUACAUCAAUUUUGUGACGUUGGGGUGGGACACCUACCUCUCAUAUCUUAAACACAGAGAUAAAGGGCAGCAAACUGAUCUGACAUCUGGCAGCAGUUCUGUGGAUUUACAGCAGGAAGAGAUCCCGUCAUCUAAACCUCUGGAGGAAAAAGUUUAGGAUUUUUCAUUAGCUAUGAUAUAAAUCAAAUGCUAAUGAACAUUUUGCUAUACUCAUAUGUUCAGACUUUAAUUCCUCCUCUUGAAGAAUGCUGUAAGAUGACGUUAAUCUGUCUGAGGAGCUGUACGUUUUUAAGUUGAAGUGCAGAUACACUGAAUAAUUGAGGUCUUUUUCCAGUUUGUUUCUUUGUCUAAAAUCUGUGCGCUCCUGUUGGAGCAUUCAGGGACGAAAGCAGUUUCACCGCCCUCAGCCGAUGCACUUUAAAGUGUGAAAUUCCUGUUUCCAAAUGCUGGUUGUUGAGUGGAAACCUCAUAACGUCUGUUUUUUGAAGAAACUUUAUAUCUCAACCUUUAAGCUAAUGUGGAACACCCAUAUUUCGGUGCUGCUUGAACUGAUGUGAAACUGGUUUUAUACGAAUUUAACUACGGUAUGUUAACCUGUGUUAAUCUUUGCCUUAAUAUGCAGUUCACUUCUCCACAUCAUUGUGCCAAAAAAUCUGUACCGACUAUUUAUCCCUAAUGAUGCAUGAUGGAUCUAUAAGAUGAUUAUAGAUAAAUCUAAUAUUACAAAGAACAAUAGACUGUAAAUAUAAUCUUGAAUCCUGGUAAAUAUUUAAGUCAGUUGUUUAGUUUAACACUUGAAACAAAGAGAAAGUUUCCUCCAAAUUAUCAAUUACGGUUUCAGCAGAAUUUUAACAGUUUGAUGAAAAGAGAAAAAGAAAUAUUUUAUUCAAUAAGUUAAUAGAUAAGUUCUCUAAGAACUACAUGUAAUCCAUAUUUACAUUUCUUUUUAAAUGUCUGUGUUCAUGUAGUUUUUCUAGUUUUAAUUUGUUAACAUGUCUGAAAUUUAAAAACAAUGAUCGCUUUUGUAUGAACAUGAAGAAAAUAUAUAUUGUUGUGAACAAUAACUUUAUGUACUCUGAAACAAUACAUGAUACAAUACAGCUAUAAAAAGGGAA